GUUAAAACAAGGGUCACUAGAAGACAGGCACUCACUGCAGUGACCUCAGGGAGUACUUUGGCAGGUGGUGAGAAUGCCAGGAGACACUGGGCUAGUGACUCAGACCUGGGGCAGGAUGGAGGGAGGUGAAUUCUCACAGGAGGCUCAGAAGGAUACAAAGCUCAGAAUUUGUUAUGCUGGGUGUGGUGGCCCACAUGGGCAGCCCCAGCACUUAGGAGGGUGAGGCAGGAGGGUCACAAAAUUCUAGGCCAGCCUGGGCUACAUAGUGAGACACGUCUGCCCUCCCCAAGCCUGAGGUUCAAUUCCCAGCACCAAAUGAAUCAGGCACAUCGGUUCUUACCUAUAAUCCCAGCGCGAUGGUGGCAGAGGCUUGAGGAUCACAGUGAAUUCCAGGUCAGCCUGAGCUACAGAGCGAGACCCGGUUUCAACACCUCUUGGAAAACCUUGGGUUCAGUCCCCAGCACGGAAUAAACCAGAUAUUUGCGUGAUGAAGUUAAUUUUAAGUACCGACCUAUGGAAGAUGCAACCCAAGAUGAGGGGCCCGCUGGAAUUUGUAGUCCAGUGUUCAGUGCGGUUUGACCCGGUAUGGCGUUCUGCCGCCAGGCGGCGCUGCUCUGACGCCCCAGACAGCCACCUGCUGGAGCCAGACCUUCCACCAGGAGGCGGAGGUCUCCAGGGCCGCUCUUCCUGGCCCAGGCGCCUCCACCCAGCGGGCCAAGUCUUCAAGAGGCGCCUGGCCCCAGGGUUCUCCUCGGUGACUGAUGAUGUCGAAUUCUGCACUUCUGUGAUUGGUGUAACCGAAGCGAGACAGGCAACUAUUGGAGAUGCUCUGUGGAAAUGUGAUGUGAGUCUGGAAGGGAGCCGGGCACCCGGGACUCCGUAGUAGUAGCUCUUAUUUACCCAGGGUGUGAAGGUAUGGACGACGAGCAGAAGUCAGGAGCCGGGCUGCUGCAAAUGUUGCAGCUUCUGUGGCUGCUGCCCCACUCCUGUGCGGUGCCCGCAGCCCCUCCUCCGGUGUUGUGGGAUGGCCUGCAAAACCACACGUUCCGGCACACGGUGUUCUGCCAGGAUGGGAACCCCAGCAUGGGGCUCUCCGAGUCCUACGACGAGGACCAGCUCUUCUCCUAUGACUUCUCCCAGAACACCCGAGUGCCCCGGCUGCCCGACUUUGCAGCCUGGGCUCAGGACCAGGGAGAUGCGUCUGCCAUUUCAUUUGAUAAAGACUUCUGCCAGGUCUUGCUCCAGCAAGUGGGCCCCAAGCUUGAAGGAGUGAUCCCGGUGUCCAGAGGUUUGCCUGUGCCUGAGGUGUACACACUGAAGCCGCUGGAGUUCGGCAAGCCCAACACGCUGGUCUGCUUCAUCAGCAACCUCUUUCCGCCGACCUUGACUGUGACCUGGCAACAUCACUUCGUCCCGGUGGAGGGGGCCAGCCCCACGUACAUCUCAGCCAUCGACGGGCUCACCUUCCAGGCUUUCUCUUAUUUAAACUUCACACCGGAGCCCUUUGACCUUUACUCCUGCGUCGUGACACACGAGAUUGAUAGCUACACACCAAUUGCCCACUGGGUACCCCAGAACCCCCUGCCUUCCGAGCUCCUAGAGAAUGUGCUGUGUGGUGUGGCCUUCGGCCUUGGUGUGCUGGGCAUCGUCAUGGGCAUCGCCUUCUUCAUCUGGUCCCGGAAGCCUUGCUCAGUUGACUGAUUCUUCCUGACCAGAGCUUGGAACAGCACAGGCCUUGCCGGCAGGGAUGCCCAGGGUUCUCGUUCCUAAGCAGGGCCUCUCAUGGGAGCAGAAGUCCCUGGGAUUCCUCAGGGUGUGUGCCAGUGUGCAGGUGUCUCGGCUGAGGGUUCUUUUGACCCUGGACUUGCAUCCAGAAGAGACGGAGCCAGGAGCCAAGGGCACCACCCACAACCACCUCAUACCUUCCCACUUUGAAGAAAUAAACCUUAUUUCUUAUCGUUAGCUUGACCUCUCCCUCCCGUACUAGGAAAGCAUUCUACCGCCAAGCCACAUGCCAGCCCACUGAACAUGGUUAACUUGUGGGAUUUGCUUCUGGACUCCCUACUUGGGUGGCUUGUCAUUCAGGUUCAGCAUCCCUUAGCCUGGACACAGCCCAUCAGGGAGGGAAGUGGGAAAGUCCCUCUCUCAGCUGUCCCAGCUUCUGUCCCCUGAUCUCAGCAUAGCUGAUGAUGGCCUUUUUAUCCCACCAACUUAUGUAAACACAUAAGACAGGAAGGCAGAGAGAAUCUUCAAUAACCAAUAAAGUGGUUGAGGAGUUGCA